UGGGUAGACAUCGAUAUGACCUCAGGGGACCCCGUCAAGAUCGACCCGGCAACUGGCAAGGCACCAAAACAGUCGUCUCCCGAGGAGGUCGUCCCCGUCAUUCGCUUGUACGGCGUUACCGAGGAGGGAAACAGCGUCUUCACUCACGUGCACGGAUUUGUGCCUUACUUCUACAUCCCCUGCCCCCCAAACUUUGAGGCGGUCAUAACAGCUCUUAGAGCCCGUAUUCGCGGAGACGAGAACCGCAUCAGGAGUCUAUGCCUGGGAGUUGGAUUCGCGAAGGACAAGCAAUCUCUCCUGGGCUAUUCUUUUGGCAACACGCGCGACUUUCUGCAGAUCUAUCUUGCUAUGCCAAGCCUGCUGCCGAAGGUGGACAAAGAUAUCCCCGGGGCUAGCUGGAUAGAGCUUCCCAAGGGAACUUACUCGAUACGAUCGGACUCCAAGAAGCGCUCGCGCUGUCAGCUGGAGGUGGAUGUGUUCUUCAACCACAUGAAGAGCCAUCCAUGCAAGGGAGAAUGGAACAAGGUUGCGCCUUUGCGGAUUCUGUCGUUCGACAUCGAGUGUGCUGGACGCAAGGGGCACUUCCCAGAGGCCGACAAGGACCCCGUGAUCCAGAUCGCUAAUGUCGUGAAGGUGCAAGGAAGCGACGACGUAGUCGCCAAGAAUGUGUUCACCCUCGGGGGUUGCACUCCUAUCGUCGGUGCUCACGUCAUCUCGAACGCAACAGAGGACGAGUUGCUGUGGGAGUGGAGCCAAUUUGUGAAGGUGGCUGACCCGGACAUCCUCACGGGCUACAACAUCCAAAACUUCGACGUUCCGUACCUUCUGAAUAGAGCUAAGGCUCUGUCGCGAAAGAGCAAGAAACUCGAGAAAUUCGGCGAGUGGGGGCGUCUGCGAGGAAAAAUGGCAACGAUGAAGGACACGACCUUUCAGAGCAGUGCGUACGGAAAACGCGAAAACGUGGAAACAAGCAUCGAUGGGCGGGUGAUGUUCGAUAUGCUGCCCUACAUGUUCCGCAACCACAAGCUCAGUUCGUACAGUCUCAACAGCGUUUCCGCGGAGCUUUUAGGCCAGCAGAAAGAGGACGUUCACCACUCCAUCAUCUCUGACCUGCAGAAUGGCUCAGACGAAGACCGUCGGCGGUUGGCGGUGUACUGCAUUAAGGAUGCACUGCUUCCCAUGAAGCUGAUGGAGAAGCUGAGCGUCAUGGUGAACUACAUCGAGAUGGCGAGGGUGACGGGCGUUCCUCUCAACUUCCUUCUCUCCAGGGGGCAACAAAUCAAGGUGUUCUCCAUGCUUUUGCGGAAGACGAGGAGUGUUAACCUGCUGAUCCCGAAUCUGCCGAAGCAUGCUGUUGACCAAGAGACGUACGAAGGGGCGACGGUGAUCGAGCCCAAGAAGGCGUUCUACGAGGAGCCGAUUGCUACGCUGGAUUUCGCGUCGUUGUACCCAUCCAUCAUGCAGGCGUACAACCUGUGCUACUCCACCCUGGUGGCAGGCGAGGACAAGAACAAGCUCAAGCCGGACCAAUACCUCACGAGCCCGUCAGGGGAUGUUUUUGUCAAGUCUGAGGUCACGAAGGGGUUGCUCCCGGCGAUUCUGGACGAGCUUUUGACCGCGCGGAAGCAGGCCAAGAGAGACAUGGCGGCAGCUACAGACCCCAUGGAGAAGGCUGUGCAGAACGGCAGACAGCUUGCGCUUAAGAACGGUUACGACCAUGACGCCGACGUGGUGUACGGAGACACCGACUCUGUCAUGGUCAAGUUUGGCUCCAAGACAGUAGCGGAGGCCAUGCCGCUUGCGGAGAAGGCUGCGGAGGAGGUGUCCAAGAUCUUUCCUCAACCUAUCAAGCUGGAGUUCGAGAAGGUUUACUGGCCAUACCUCCUGAUGAAUAAGAAGCGUUACGCGGGAUUGCUGUGGACCAAGGUGGACAAGUACGACAAGAUGGACACCAAGGGGCUCGAGACGGUCCGACGUGACAAUUGCUUGCUUGUCCGCAAGGUGAUCUCGGAGCUUCUCCAGAACAGGAUGGACAUUUCGCUUCUCGUCAUCACCAAGUCCCUGGGAAAGAGCGCGGACAGCGAAGGCUACACCGCCAAGCAGGCGCACGUGGAGCUUGCGAUGCGCAUGAAGAAGCGCGACCCAGGAACCGCUCCCAACGUGGGGGAUCGUGUUCCGUACGUUAUCAUCCAGGAAAGAUAUGUUGUCGUCUUAUCGCACUCACUUUUGUACGUCAAAGUGUCGGCGGUCUUCUGA